UCUACAAUCAAAUUCCACAUUCUUUACAACAAUUUCCAGUUAUCUCAAUGGUUCAUGGGAUCAAAGCAUCUAAAUCCAGAUUUGCAUGGUAAUGUGAAUGGAGCUGUAGAGACUUGCCUUGAAGGAUUUCAUCGGUUCUACAGGUAUCUUAAUUUCUCAGAUACGAGGAUUAGCGCUAAGUUUGAUCCUCAAGCUUGUGGAUGGGCAAUCGGGAUGAAUAUUUUCGAUCUGAUAGCAUGGAAGAGAGCUAAUGUAACAUCUCGAUAUCACAACUGGCAAGAGCAGAAUGCUGACAGAAUGCUUUGGAAAACUGGCACGCUUCCCGCUGGGCUUCUAACAUUCUAUGGUUUAGUCGAGCCAUUGGAUAGAAGAUGCAUGUGCUUGGUUUAGGCUAUGACUUGGAGAUUGAUGAUAGAU